AACUCCCUACUUCGCACGUCUGCACACUGUGAACGCCCAGUGUCUGCGCCUCUCCGCCACCGGGUUCUCCACUCUGUCCGGGUCCCUUCCCAGCGUCUCCUCCUUCCACCACAGGGGACCUCGCAGAGCCAGGCGGGGACAGACGGAUCCUGGCGGGUGGAGCAGCCAGGUGAGUCCUGAAAGGUGGGGCGGGGCGGGGGCGCUCCGGGCCCCACCCCAGGAUCCGGUGACGCCGGGGCUGGAAUUUGACACCGGAUGGCAGCGGGCAAGAGACUGCUGAGGGAUGGAGUUGGGCCCGGCCCCCAAACACAGCCCGCGGGCUCCACCAGCAGCAGGUCCCUCGGGCCCCAGCCCUCCCUGCGGCCCCCGCCCAGAGCCCUGCACUCGCGCUCUCCGCCCCUCCCAGCCCCUUCAGUCCCUCUUGUCGCUCGUCGGACUGUGGUCGCCCUGCCCACCAGCUGUAAUGUGAGGCUCUUGCUGCCGCUACAGAGUGCAGACUGGCUGCCAAGCCUACGCUUUUGGCUAAAAGAGGCACUGCCAGGUGCAUAGCCCUGGGCAUGAGCCUUUUGAGCUUCGGGGGAAAGCCCAGCACUAGGCCCAGUACAGGUGCCUAGAAGAGCACGGCACAGCACUCCCGUGCGACCUCUCCUCCUCCUGCGUUGAGUCUAGCUCUCCAAGCCCCUUGUUCCUCAGCUGGGGAGACUGAAGUGGAGGGAUGAGCUGCUCAAAGGAUAACUCAUCUCUCAAUGUUCGAAGCUGCCUCAAGAGGAGGGUGGGGGAACAGGUCAACUGCGGCUGAUGGGAGCUCUUGGUAGUGACAGAGAUGGAGCCUGGACCUGGAGGCCCUUCAGAGCUGCCCCACUGGCCGCGGCGUAGGCGGCAGCCUGCCCUGUGGCCAACCCUGGCCGCUCUGGCCCUGCUGAGCAGCGUUGCCGAGGCUUCCCUGGGCCCCGCGCCCCGCAGCCCGGCUACCCGCGAAGGCCCCGCGCCCGCCGCGGCGCCCCCCACCGGCCACCUGCCGGGGGGCCGCGCGGCCCGUGUGUGCGGCGGAAGAGCCCCGCGGCCGCCGCCCCAGCCGCCCCGGCCCGCGCCCCCGCCGCCCGCGCCCUGCCGCGGGGACCGAGCAGUGCGUGCCGGGGCCCGGGGCGGCCACGGGAGCCGGGGAAGCCGCGCGCGGGCCGCGGGGGCGCGGGGCUGCCGCCUGCGCUCGCAGCUGGUGCCGGUGCGCGCGCUCGGCCUGGGCCACCGCUCCGACGAGCUGGUGCGGUUCCGCUUCUGCAGCGGCUCCUGCCGCCGCGCGCGCUCCCCGCACGACCUCAGCCUGGCCAGCCUGCUGGGCGCCGGGGCCCUCCGGCCGCCCCCGGGCUCCCGGCCCGUCAGCCAGCCCUGCUGCCGACCCACGCGCUACGAGGCAGUCUCCUUCAUGGACGUCAACAGCACCUGGAGGACCGUGGAGCGCCUCUCAGCCACUGCCUGCGGCUGCCUGGGCUGAGGGCUCUCUCCAGGGGUUUGCAGACUGCACCCUUACCCCUGGAUCUUCCUGCCUGGGCCCUCCCGCAGGGUCCCGCCAGCCAGGGGCCUGAGCCAGAGAUGGAGGCCUCAGCAGGUGACUGAUGGACAUCAACCCUGGAGAGAUGGACGGACGACUGACCAGCGGCUCCGGGUCCUCACCCUGCGAGUCCCAGCCCUAUAGACACAGAGACCUCACCAUGGAGACCUUAGGACCCACUUCUCACGGACUCUGGCAUUGACCAGGCGACGGACCCAGGACUCCUCCUCUGGAGAACCCAGCAGUGUCUGAGGGCUCAGCCUCAGCCCAGGCCCUGGGGGAACAAAAUUUGGAGGAACACAUUGUACUUGCAUUGCUGAAGUGCCUUGUACUCACUGGUGGGAGCUGGACCCCUAUUUAUUUUUUCUAAGUUAUUUAUUUACUUCU